AUGGCCGGGGAUGACAAGAAGCCUGCCGUCCUGAUCAUCGGCGGGCUUGGCUUCUUGGGCCGCCACCUCGCCCUGUACCUCCAUGAGAACAAGCUCGCAGCCGAGGUGCGGCUAGUCGACAAGGUCCUCCCGCAACUGGCCUGGUUGGCGCCUGAAUUCGAGGAGGCCUGCUCCAAGGAGAAAUUCGUGCAGGCGGACGCCAGUCGUGAACAGCAUUUCCCGCGCAUCUUCGACCGCGCCAAUGGCGAGCAAUUCGACUACGUGAUCAACUGCGGCGGCGAGACACGCCACUCCCAGCCCGACGACGUCUACGAGGUGCGCAGUUGCGGCCUCUCCGCUGCACUGGGCCGCGAGGUCGCCCGGCGGGCCAUCCCGGCGUUUGUCGAGUGCUCCACCGCGCACGUCUACAAGAGCGGAUCGUCGCCGCGCAAGGAGUCCGACAAGCUCCAGCCGUGGCAUAACUUGGCCAAAUGGAAGCUCAAGGCCGCGGACGAGCUGCGUAAGAUCCCCGGGACAAACUACGUCGCGCUGCGCCUGCCGCACCUCUACGGCGCCUACGACUCGGGCUACUUCGCCAUGGGCAUCUGUCUGGCCCGCGUGCACGUCGAGCUGGACAAGGACUUGGAGCUGCUGUACAGCAAGGAUUUGAAGAUCAACACGCUGCACGUUAAGGACGCGGCGGCGGCACUGUUCCGCGCGGCAGAGUGGCGUGCGAGCAAGGGUCCGCGGAACUCGACCGACUCGUUCCCCGAGGUAUUUAACGUGGUCGAUCACAACGACACGCGCCAGGAGCACGUGGCCAAAGCCCUCUCGGAGGUGUUCGGGCUCAAGGUCUCGUUCAUCGGCUCGCUCGUCUCACAACUGGCCAAGCUGAGCCUGGACGAUGUCGUCGACGACAUGAACGAGGUCAGUCUGCAGACAUGGGCGGACCUGCUGGCCAAGAGCAACGUCAGCCGCCCGGGUCCCAUCAGUCCGUUCCUGGAGCGCGACGUGCUCAAGGACCAGGACAUGUCCAUCGACGGGUCGCUCUUCGAGUCCCUGACCGGGUGGAAGCCGACGCACGAACGCUUCGACGCCGACGGGAUUCGCGAGAUGGUCGAGAGCUACAAACGCAUGGGCUGGUGGCCAUAA